CGUUUGAAAAUUGCAUAUUUUCCCGGAUAUAUCAAUCCAAUGUAUCAAAAUUUUUCAAAUAAUCUGUUAAAAUCCUCUAAUUGUUUAUAUGGUAUCAUAUUUUAAUUUACCCCAUGAAUAGCAUUGUUAUCUAACAAGGCAUCACCAUGUUUCUGUACAAUUUGACAUUACAACGAGCAACAGGAAUAACUCAAGCUGUCCAUGGUAAUUUCUCUGGAACUAAACAGCAGGAAGUUAUUGUAUCGAGGGGCAAAAUCUUAGAGCUUUUGCGCCCUGACCCUAACACAGGGAAAGUCUACACUAUUUUAACUGUUGAGAUAUUUGGUGUGAUAAGAGCUUUGUUACCUUUUCGACUUACAGGUGGAACUAAAGAUUAUAUUAUUGUUGGAUCUGAUUCUGGAAGGAUUGUCAUCCUUGAAUAUCUUCCAUCUAAAAAUGCAUUUGAAAAGAUCCACCAAGAGACAUUUGGCAAGAGUGGUUGUCGGAGGAUUGUCCCUGGUCAGUUCUUGGCUGUUGAUCCAAAGGGACGUGCAGUAAUGACAGGUGCUGUGGAGAAACAGAAGUUAGUAUAUAUCCUGAACAGAGAUGCUCAAGCUCGACUAACAAUUUCUUCUCCUCUUGAAGCCCACAAAUCCAGCACACUCGUCUACCACAUGGUUGGAGUUGAUGUAGGAUUUGAAAAUCCAACAUUUGCUUGUCUUGAGAUAGAUUAUGAAGAAGCUGACUAUGACCCAACAGGGGAAGCUGCACUCCAGACUCAUCAGAUGCUUACUUAUUAUGAAUUGGAUCUUGGUCUCAACCAUGUUGUAAGGAAAUAUUCUGAACAACUUGAAGAACAUGCUAAUUCUCUGAUUGCUGUACCUGGAGGCAGUGAUGGUCCAAGUGGUUGCUUAAUUUGUUCUGAAAACUAUAUCACAUAUAAGAACUUUGGAGAUCAGCCUGACAUUAGAUGUCCAAUUCCACGGAGACGAAAUGACCUUGAUGACCCCGAACGAGGAAUGAUAUUUGUAUGCAGUGCUUCUCACAAAACAAAGUCAAUGUUCUUCUUCUUGGCCCAGACAGAACAGGGAGACAUUUUUAAAAUAACUCUAGAAAUUGAUGAAGAUAUGGUCACUGAAAUACGCCUCAAGUAUUUUGACACUGUUCCUGUAGCAACCAGUAUGUGUGUCUUAAAGACUGGAUUUCUUUUUGUUGCUUCAGAGUUUGGCAAUCAUUUCCUUUACCAGAUUGCUCAUCUUGGUGAUGAUGAUGAUGAACCAGAAUUCAGCAGUGCCAUGCCUCUAGAAGAAGGAGACACUUUCUUUUUCUCUCCUCGUCUACUGAAGAAUCUUGUCAUGGUUGAUGAAAUGGAUAGUUUGUCUCCUAUUAUGUCCUGUCAAAUUGCUGAUCUUGCAAAUGAAGACACUCCCCAGUUGUAUACAUUGUGUGGUCGAGGUCCUCGCUCCUCUCUCCGAGUUUUAAGACAUGGUUUGGAGGUUUCUGAAAUGGCUGUCUCAGAACUUCCAGGUAAUCCAAAUGCUGUAUGGACAGUUAAAAAGAAUAUUGAAGAUGAAUAUGAUGCUUAUAUCAUAGUAUCUUUCGUCAAUGCUACCCUGGUAUUGUCAAUUGGAGAAACAGUUGAAGAAGUCACAGAUUCUGGUUUUCUUGGUACAACCCCUACCUUGUCUUGUUCCCAGCUAGGAGAUGAUGCACUUGUACAGAUUUAUCCUGAUGGAAUUCGUCAUAUUCGAGCAGACAAGCGUGUCAAUGAGUGGAAGACACCAGGCAAGAAAACUAUUGUAAAAUGUGCUGUUAACCAGCGCCAAGUUGUUAUUGCAUUGACUGGAGGAGAAUUGGUAUAUUUUGAAAUGGACCCAACAGGUCAGUUGAAUGAAUAUACAGAGAAGAAAGAAAUGUCAGCGGAUGUUGUGUGUAUGGGUCUUGGCCGAGUUCCAUCUGGGGAGCAGAGAUCCCGAUUCCUUGCUGUUGGUUUGGCUGAUAACACAGUCCGCAUUAUUUCAUUGGAUCCCUCUGACUGUCUUUCACCACUGAGUAUGCAAGCUUUACCUGCUCCUCCUGAGGCCUUGUGUAUUGUAGAAAUGGGUAAUGCAGAAACUAUUGAAGAAACACGAGAAGGUGGAUCACAGGGUGGACUUUUCCUCAAUAUUGGCUUACAGAAUGGUGUAUUGCUGCGUACCGUGUUAGACACAGUCACUGGAGACUUAUCAGACACUAGAACCAGAUAUUUGGGUUCCCGUCCUGUCAAACUAUUUAGAAUCACUAUGCAAGGGUCAGAAGCUGUUUUGGCCAUGUCUAGCAGGUCCUGGUUAAGUUACACUUACCAAAAUCGAUUCCAUCUUACACCGCUUUCAUACGAAACCUUGGAAUAUGCCUCUGGAUUUGCCUCUGAACAAUGUCCAGAAGGUAUUGUAGCUAUUUCAACCAACACUCUCAGGAUUUUAGCUUUGGAGAAACUAGGUGCUGUCUUUAAUCAAGUUUCAUGGCCAUUGCAGUACACUCCAAGAAAAUUUAUCAUUCAUCAAGAUUCCAACAACCUUAUCAUCAUUGAAACAGACCAUAAUGCUUAUACUGAAUCAACAAAACAGCAACGCAAACAACAAAUGGCUGAGGAGAUGAUAGAAGCUGCACAAGAAGACGAGCGACAACUAGCUGCUAAAAUGGCUGAUGCUUUCUUGGAAGAAGAUCUUCCUGAGAACACUUUUGGUGCUGCCAAGGCUGGUACUGGUAUGUGGGCGUCUGUUGUUCGUAUCAUUAACCCAAUUUCAGGAGAGACUUUAGAUAAAGUAUCUCUUGAUCAGAAUGAAGCUGCACACAGCAUUGCCCUUGUGCGGUUUUCAUGCGCUAGUGAUGACAUGCAUGUGCUUGUAGGAACAGCAAAGGAAUUAGUACUGAACCCACGUUCUCUCAGUGGGGGUUUUAUCUAUUGUUACAAACUUCUGAAUUCCGGAGAGAAGCUAGAGUUUGUACAUAAGACUGUGGUCGAUGAGCUUCCUGGUGCCAUUGCUGCAUUCCAAGGCCGAGCCUUAAUAGGAACUGGCCGAUAUCUUCGUAUAUAUGAUCUUGGGAAGAAAAAGCUGCUCAGAAAAUGUGAAAAUAAGCGUAUUCCAAACUUUAUCAUGAGUAUUUUAACAUUGGGUCACCGGAUUGUUGUCUCUGACAUCCAAGAAAGUAUUAAUUUUGUCCGUUACAAACGACCUGAGAACCAACUAAUUGUAUUUGCUGAUGACACGACACCUCGUUGGGUAACCAGUUCAUGUCUACUUGACUACGAUACUGUGGCAACUGCAGAUAAAUUUGGUAACAUCACAGUGAUUCGUUUACCUCCUGAUGUCUGUGAUGAAGUUGAAGAAGAUCCAACUGGUAACAAAGCACUUUGGGAUCGAGGUUUACUUAAUGGUGCUUCUCAAAAGGCUGAUGUCAUUGCUAACUUUCAUGUUGGUGAAGUAGUGACAUCUUUACAGAAGGCUACCCUCAUCCCUGGUGGAUCAGAGUCCUUGGUCUAUACCACAUUAUCUGGCAGUAUUGGAAUGCUGGUUCCUUUCACUUCACAUGAGGACCAUGACUUUUUCCAGCAUUUAGAGAUGUACAUGCGCUCAGAACAUCCUCCACUUUGUGGUCGAGAUCAUCUUUCUUUCCGUUCAUAUUACUUCCCUGUCAAGAAUGUCAUUGAUGGCGAUCUCUGUGAGAUGUUCAACUCCAUGGAUGUUGGAAAGCAAAAGGGUGUUUGUGACGAUUUAGACCGUACCCCUAGUGAGGUCUCUAAGAAAUUGGAGGAUACCAGAACUCGUUAUGCCUUCUAGAGCAGAGUGUUUUGGGAACAAGAAAUACGGACAGGUGACACUACAACAGGGAUCAUUUUGUCCUCCUGUCCACCUCCACCUGACAUCAGUGGGAAUUGUUUUACUCUUUGGACAAUUGGCUAUGCAUUUUCCUGCCAAACUAAAAGAAUUUCAAGAAAAUCAUCCUGAUGGGUUUUUCUUUUCUUGGCACGCAACCUAGGAAACAGCAGCAGUCUAGAUAUUGGGAGUUUUUUUUCUGAACAUUUUGUAAAUAUUUUCACAGUGACAUCUCUUAUGCUAUCACCAUCAUCAUUGAUAAUAAUAAUAAUAAUUAUAAUAAAAAGACUUAUUUAAUUAUC